AUGGCCGAUACGAUCAAGAUCCUCGUCGCGACAGAUAAUCAUGUCGGAGCUCACGAGCGUGACCCCAUUCGCGGAGAUGACUCUUGGAAGACUUUUCACGAGAUCAUGUGCCUGGCAAAAGAUCGGGAUGUCGACAUGGUCCUUCUGGCUGGCGAUCUCUUUCACGACAACAAACCCUCUCGAAAGUCCAUGUACAACGUCAUGCGCUCCUUACGACUCAAUUGCUUAAGUGACAAGCCUUGUGAGCUCGAAAUGCUCAGCGACGAGUCGGAACAUUUUGACGCCACAUUCGACCAUGUCAACUACGAGGAUGCCAAUAUCAAUGUCGGGAUUCCCGUCUUCUCCAUUCACGGUAACCAUGACGAUCCCACCGGAGAUGGACACUAUGCCGCUUUGGACUUGCUGGCUGUUUCAGGGCUGGUCAACUAUUAUGGCAAAACACCCCAGAGUGACAACAUCGUGGUCAAGCCCGUCCUCAUACAAAAAGGCCAGACCAAACUCGCUCUGUACGGUAUCUCCAACGUUCGAGAUGAGCGUCUGCAUCGUACCUUCAAAUCCCAGCGCGUCAAGUUUCACCGCCCAAGCACGCAGAUGGAAGAUUGGUACAACGUGAUAUGUGUUCACCAAAACCACCAUGCGUACACAGAGACAUCAUAUCUUCCCGAGAGCUUUCUUCCAGACUUCCUCGACCUUGUGAUCUGGGGUCAUGAACACGAGUGUCUGAUCGAGCCUCGUUUGAAUCCAGAGAUGAACUUUCAUGUCAUGCAACCAGGUUCUUCUGUCGCUACGUCUUUGAUCCCAGGCGAGGCGGUCCCGAAGCACGUGGCAAUCGUCACAAUUACGGGCCGAGAGAUGAAAUCAGAACCUAUUCGUCUGAAAACUGUUCGCCCCUUCGUGUACAAGGAUAUCGUUCUAAGUGACGACAAAGGAGCGGUGCGCAUCGCCAAAAAGAAAGAUGACCAUAGGGCCGAAUUGACUCGACGACUAAUCGAAAUCGUCGACGAGAUGAUCGAGCAGGCCAAGGCAGAAUGGAGGGAAGCACAAGAAGAAAGACAGGACGAUGUUGACGCGCCCGAAGAAUGUCCAUUGCCUUUGAUUCGACUUCGAGUAGAGACAACCUCGCCUGAUGGCGGGGUAACAAAAUUCGACGUUGAGAAUCCUCAGCGCUUUUCUAACCGCUUCAUUGAGAGAGUGGCCAAUAUCAACGACGUCGUUCAAUUCCAUGUCAAAAAGAAGAACGCAGCAACCCGAGCGGCGCGCGAUGCAGAAGCUGAUCGUCAAUUCAUGGCAAAAUUCCAAGGCAUCGAAAGCAUCAAGGUCGACAAACUAGUCCGGGAAUUCCUCCAGGCGCAAUCUCUCACCAUCCUCCCCCAGAACUACUUUGGUGACGCAGUCAGCCAGUACGUAGAGAAAGACGACAAGCAUGCCAUGGAAAUGUUUGUCAACGAGUCUCUUGCCGAUCAGAUCAAAUCUCUUGUGCAAUUGCAGACCGACGCGAACGACGAUGGUGAAGACGACGAGGAUCUUGCCUACCUGAUAAAUGAGCAACGUGCAAAAAUGGAAGAGUUAUUUGCAAAAGGAAUCAUCAAAGCGUCUGCUAAUAAGGCCCGUUUCAAGCCCAAGCCUGACGAUUGGAACAGCGAUUGGGACGGUCACUGGGAAGAUCAACCUGGCGCACUUAUCCGAGCGUCCGAGGAUCUGUAUGACGACGAAGACGAGGAUGAGGACGAUGGUACUCCUGUUCCACGCACAACUACGGCUGGCCGAGGUGGCGGAAGAGGAAGAGGUGGUCGUGGUGCCUCGACAGCAAUUACCUCAACUCGCAAGAAGACAACAACAACACCUGCAGCAGCCAAAAAGCCCGCCGCGACGGCUAGUCGAGGACGAAAGAGAGCCGUUCCUGACGACGAGGAGGACGAGGAAGACGAAGACAUCGUCACGCUCGACAAUGAGGGCGAAGACGAUGAUUCUCAAGCCAUGUUCUUUCCUGAAAAGCGCAAGCCGACAACUACCCGCUCCAGUACUCGAGGACGAAACACGACACCAGCAUUUAGCAGCACCACCCAAGGCCGGACAGCUGGCGCGACAAAGAAACCGCCUACUCGUGCCGCCGUGACGAGAGCUUCCAAGCAGUCGACUCUCAACUUCACGACUUCGCAGAAUAGCAUCCUUGGAAAUGGGCGGAGCCAGAGUUACGAUGUUGAGGAAGACGACGACGAUGAGGCGUUUGAACCGGCACCCUCGACUUCGAGGAGGCGAUGA